AUGACCUCGCCGCACACGCAUCACAUCCACGAUGAAACCGUCCCAGUCCUCGACUUUGGUGGACAGACGGCUCAGCUCAUCUGCCGGCGCGUGCGCGAUGCCGGAGUCUUCUCCGUACUCGUCGCCCCCACCAUCACGGCUGAAGAACUCAGAGCAAUGAACCCCAAAGGGAUCAUCCUCUCCGGAGGUCCCGCAUCAGUCUCUGCAGAGGGCGCGCCGACGAUGGAUCCGGCGAUCCUCGAGAUGGGCAUCCCGGUCCUCGGCAUCUGCUACGGCAUGCAGCUCGGAUGUCAUCUGCUUGGCGCGACGCUCACGCAGGAAGACCAUCGCGAGUUCGGACGCGCGAUGCUCAACAUCUCGCAGACCGGCAAAGGACUCUUUGACGCGAUCCCGGAAUCCACACAAGUCUGGAUGUCCCACGGCGAUCAGAUCACCGACCUCGCCGCCGCUGAACUCGAAGCGACCGCUUCGACGGACACCUGCAAAUGUGCCGCGGUCCGAUCGACCAAUCCCAAGCACAACUUCCGAGGUGUGCAGUUCCAUCCCGAGGUCACGCACACGCUCCACGGCCCCGACAUCUUCCGCAACUUCCUCUAUGAAAUCUGCGAAUGCUCCGGACUCUGGAAAAUGGCGGACUUUGCGAACGAACAAGCCGAGAAAAUCAAAGCACUCGUCGGCGACAAACGCGUGAUCUGUGGUUUGUCCGGAGGUGUUGAUUCCUCCGUCGUCGCGGCGCUCUUGCACAAAGCGAUCGGGGAUCAGCUCACCUGCGUGUUCGUAGACAACGGCCUGCUCCGCAAGAAGGAACGCGACCUCGUCGAGCAUACGUUUAAAGACCACUUCAACAUCGACCUGCGUGUCGCGGAUGCUUCGAAAGACUUCCUUGACGAUCUCGCGGGCGUGACUGAUCCGCAGGAGAAGCGUCGUCGGAUCGGGCAUCGGUUUAUUGAGGUGUUCAAGGAAGCCGCGCAUGAUAUUGAGGAUGCGGUCUUUCUCGCACAGGGGACGCUCUAUCCCGAUGUCAUCGAAUCGGGACACGGCCACUCCGGGAACAGCGCCAACAUCAAGCUGCAUCACAAUGUCGGCGGACUCCCAGAAGAACUCGGGUUCGACCUCAUCGAACCCGUCCGCGAGCUGUUUAAGGACGAGGUCCGAGCGCUCGGAACUGUGCUUGGUGUUCCCGAUGCGAUCGUCUGGCGCCAUCCGUUCCCAGGUCCCGGACUCGCGGUGCGUGUGCUUGGGGAUAUUACAGAAGAGAAACUCGACAUCGUCCGCAACGCCGACGAGAUCCUGCUCGAAGAAAUCGUCGCGGCGGGACUCUACCGCAAAACCAGCCAGGUCUUCGCGGUGCUCCUCCCGAUCCAAUCGGUCGGGGUGAUGGGUGACGGCCGAACCUACGAGCGUGUGAUCGCGCUCAGGGCCGUGGAAACACAGGACUUCAUGACAGCGGACUGGGCGCGGAUCCCGUUCGAUGUCCUCGCACGCAUCUCAACUCGCAUCAUCAACGAAGUCCGAGGCGUGAAUCGCGUGGUCUACGACAUCUCAAGCAAACCGCCGGCGACGAUUGAGUGGGAGUGA